AUGGGCCUGGAGCUCUACCUGGACCUGCUGUCCCAACCCUGCCGCGCCGUCUACAUCUUCGCCAAGAAGAACAGCAUCCCCUUCGAGCUGUGCUCCGUGGACCUGCGCAAAGGCCAGCACCUCAGUGAUGUCUUUGCCCAGGUGAACCCCCGGCAGAAGGUGCCUGCCUUGAAGGGCGGGGACUUCAUUUUGACCGAGAGCCUGUGGGUGCCGGCUGCCAAGUCUUUGAAGGCCGACCCAAGCUGGCUGCGUGGCACCAGCGUGUGGAGGCGGCAGUGGGGGAGGUCCUCUUCCAGGAGGCCCAUGAGGUCAUCCUGAAGGCCAAGGACUCCCAGCCUGCAGACCCCACCAUUAAGCGGAAGUUGAUGCCUAGGGUGCUGUCCAUGAUCCAGCG